AACGCUUAUCGAUGCAUUGCGGGCUUCUUCGUAGUUUUCUCUCCCAUUACUGCUUUUACUGAUUGGUGUCGAGUCUCUGAGCUUGCGACAGAUGUACCCAGCUCUCAUUUCGGCUUUGUAGUGCAGGAAUUGCUCGCAUUUCGUGGUUUUGCAGGGAAACGCAUCAGGCUGAAUACAUCAGGAAUUGUUCUUUGUUGGAUUACUGUCUCUUGUGACGGACUGCGAGCUGGUUUACGUGGUCGUACGCCUCAUUUCGCAUUGUCUCGAAGAUGGGGCGUUGGAGUGAGAGGUGUUAGUUCUUUCUGGAACUCGGGAGGUUCUCCCUGUGGUCCUUUGGGUCUCACAUGGAGACAAAAGCGUAAAUGUCGAUGCUUGUAGCUAUUCCUCGGGUGGUCGAAUGGCACUGCAUUGAAUCUCAGCGUGCGAGUCCAACGCUAUGGGAUCUUGUGGCGCAACUUUCACCUCCUAGCGAGGCAUUUAUUGCUUUAUUUGGACAUUUGCUGCUUCCUGAAACAUGGAUACCGUUUACGUGAAAUCGGGUCAGCACGUCAGAUCAAGGGCCGUUCUCAUUGCCGUUAUUAAUGUUAUCGCUGUGCUAGCCGCGCUAGCCCUCAUAUCAUUAGGUAUAUGGUUGGCAACGAGACCUGGUGAUUGUGAAAAGUAUUUGACUGUCCCAGUGUUUCUCCUUGGAGCUUUCUUCCUACUUGUGGCCGUGCUGGGUGUCUCCGGUUCCUGGUUCGGAUUUGUCCCUGUCCUGUAUACCUACUUGGUGCUGAUGUUUGUGGUGGCACUCGGGUUUCUGGCCUUGUCGAUUUUCAUAUUCGCUGUAACUAGUCCAGGGCAGGGCUACUAUGUUGCAGGUCAAAACUUCAAAGAGUACAGGAUAAGCGACUACUCACAGUACAUGCAAGACAGGUUAGACAAGGUCUCCAACUGGAACCAUCUGAAGGCUGUCAUUGCAUCCCACGAUACUUGCGCUUAUUUCGACAACCUCUCGCCAGUAGAUUAUCCGUACGCGCAACCAAGUCCGGUACAGUCUGGCUGCUGUCGUCCUCCUGCAGAAUGUGGCUAUGCGUACACCGGGAACGGUACCUUCACCACCACAUCUGUGCCGCUGUCCGCCAACCCAGACUGCGUUAGAUACACAAAUGACGAAACGAUUAAGUGUUACGACUGCGAUUCUUGCAAGGGUGGAGUGGCAGAGGACCUAAGGAAGACUGGAAAAAUCGCGGGCAUUGUUACGCUGGUGCUCUUCGUGAUUCUGGUGGCCAUUUUGUUGGUGGCUUGUACUGUGGGCCACCACAUCCGAAGGGAAUACUGGAGCAGAGUGUAAUCUUAGCGGUCCACAUACGUGACUUGCGCACCCGCCCGCAACAUGUAUGCAAUAGAUGACCCAUGAUCACUCAGUUUUCACUUCUUAUUUUGAGCAAUCUCUGAUCUACGGGUCGUUGUGACAUAACACUUUUCUGAACCCUUCUCAGGAUCUCUGUCGUGGCUUACACCUAGCGUUCUGGUCCAGGAUUGUCGGGUUGGUAUCGUGGAGGAACGCCUACAAGCUUUGAAGUAUGCUUGUGUGCGCCACCUCCUCAAAUUUCAGGUCUAUUAGACGGCUUGGAAUUUGUGUCUCAAUGCUGAGAUCUGCCACCGGCCUCCAGAGCUUCCACUCUUUCACACUAAUGAGGUUAUCAAUAAUCUUAUCCUGAUGUCUAGGUUUCGCAAGGGACAAUAUGGCAUCCUCAACAUGUAUACUAUCACUAUCAUAGAAAACACGUUUUUUUGCCGUGUAAUUUUGAGUACUUAUCGUAGCAGCUGUGCAUCCCUCAUUGAGUUGCGUGAUACUUACAGUUUUAGCCUCCAUCUCACUAGUUGUGCAGCGUACACAUCGGUUUCGAUCUUUGCCCUUGAAGGCUGUACAUUUAUGCAAUGAAUACACUUAGUUGCAUGGCGAGGCAGUUGCAAUUCCUUGCCUUUGGUCA